GCUAAACUUUGAUCGGCCCAGAACGAGCCAGUACGCAGCCUACAGUCGCUUGUCGAACGUUACAGAGAGCAAUGGCGUGCCGCCUCGCCCUGGUCGCGGUCGUGGUUGCGACAGCCAGCGCUCUCGUGCCGCCUACAAGGCCCCUGCAGCGUGCAGGCGCUCUGCAGCCGCCGUCGACGCGACCCAUCGCGGGUGCGACCGCCGUCGCCACGGCCUUGAUCCCAACCGUUGCGCUAGCAGAUUUCGGCACUUGGAUCUCGGGCCUCGGCACGCAGGACUACGUCGCGCUCGGCGUGCUCGCGUUUUUAGUCAUCUUCGUGAUCCCGUCGCUCGUCGGUGACAUCUUGGAGAACCAGGCCGACCCCGCCGCGGCCAUCGCGAAGAAGCAGCAAAAACUGAAGGACUUGGAGGACAAGUACAGCUUUUUGGUGGGAGACGCGCCGGCGCCGGCGCCGGCGCCGGCGGCGGACGCGCCGCCGGCGGACGAAUUCACGCAACGCAAGGCCGCCGCCGACGCGGCCGCGUCCGACGAGGCCGACGCGCUCCUGGCCUCCGUGAAGGCCAUGACGAACAAGGAUUAGUCUUUCAUAAAGAUUCCU